AUGGAGGGCAAAAAAGGAAGGCGAAGUCGCGACGGCGCACGGGACAGCCGGGGAAAGGAGGACGAUGAGAAUCCAAGGGAACGAGGAGGGAAAGGGGAAAGUCGGCAUCCGGAUUCGAACAAGCGGGAUAGGGAAAGGGAGAGAGGAAGGAGUAAGGAGAUUAGGAACCGUGAAAGGAAAGGGAAAGGGCCAGAAGGUGACGAUGCAGAUGCGAAGGAGGAAGAGGAGAGGAAGAAGACGAGACAGGAGAGUGAUGAAUGGGGGGGAUCGGAGAGUGAUGGGAGUGGGGGUAAGGAGAAGGAGGAUCAGGAGAAGGGGAAGGGGAAGGGGAAGGAGAAGGAGAAAGAGAAGGAGAAGAGCAGCUGCCGUCACGGAAAGGGGAAGGAGAAGGGGAAAGGGAAGGGGAAGCGGCGAAGGAAAGAUUCUAGUAGUGAAAGUGAGAGUGAGAGUGAAAGCGAGAGUGGAAGCGAGAGUGGAAGCGAGAGUGGGAGUGAGAGUGAUGAUGAGAGUUCGGAAGAUAGCGAGGAGGAGAGGAGGGAAAGGAAAAGAGCGAGGAGAGAGAAGAGGAGAGGAAAGGAAGGGAGCAAGUCGAGGAAAAAGAAGAAGAGGAAGAGAGGGAGUGAUGAGGACGGAGAGGAGGACGAGGAGGAAGAAGAGACCACGUCGGAGAGUAGUGGGAGUGAGACGGAUGAGAGGAGGCUAGAGAGGAGGAGGAAGGAGAGAGAGCAGAGGAAGAAGGGGAAGGAGAGAGAGAAGAAGAGGAAGGAGAAGAGGAGGAAGAAGAAGGAGAAGAAGAAGGAGGAGAAGAGGGAGAAGAAGAAGGCGAAGAGAGAGGCUAAGAAAGAGGCCAAGUCCAAAGGGCCGGUCAUGGAGUAUGGAAAGUACGGCAUUAUUCGAGAAGUGGACAUGUGGAACAAACGACCCGAGUUCAGUGCAUGGCUGGCUGAAGUGAAAAAGGCGAAUCUGGAGCAAUUGAGCGGUUUUGAGGAGAAGAACCUUUUCAAGGAGUUUAUGGAAGACCACAACACUGCCACGUUCCCAUCCAAAAAGUAUUACAACUUGGCAGCAUGGGAGCAUCAGCAGAUGACGAAGAGGAAGGGACGGCCGGACAAGCCGUCUGGAAAGGAGAUGACGGAGUUUAAUGAUGAGGAUGCGAGGAGGGAGGAGAUUCGCAGGGCGAGGGAGAAGCAGAAGGAGGAGGAGGUGCUGGCGCUCAAGCGCAGCAUGGAGUCGGGAAUGGCGCAAGCAAUGAGGGACCAGGAGCGACUCAAGGAGGAGCUGCGCUUCCUCUACCAGAUUGGAAACUACGAGGGAGCUGCUGCCAUUCAAAAGAGGCUUGAGCCAGAUGAUCCUGCUAAGCGGUAG